AAUUUUCCGGUGUUGAGACGCCCUGAAACUUGCCCUCCUACAAGAUUGGGCUUUAUUCCUGAAGCAUGGUUCCAAGCUCUUUAUGAUAAGACAGGAGUGACAGGUCCCUAUGUGUUUGGGUUUGGCUUCAUAACCUACCUGCUGUCAAAAGAAAUAGUGAUAGUGGAGCAUCAGUUCUCACACUUUCUUGCAUUUUGGUUAGCUUUUUACUGGCUUCACAGGAAGUUUGGAGAUAGAAUUGCAAAGGCUCUUGACAAGAAAACUGAGCAUUUAGAUGAGAAGAUGUUCUUGAAGCCACUGAGAGACACGAGGGAGAGUUCAGAGAAGGUCAUCAAGGAUCUGGAGAAGACCAUCUGGCAAGAAGGUGGCCAGAAAUAUAUCUUUGAUGCUAAAAGGGAAAAUAUAGAUUUGCAAUUGGAGAGUGCAUAUAGGCAGAGACUUGCUGAAGUUCAUCAAGGGGUCAAAAGAAGAUUGGAUUAUCACAUGGAGGUUGAGAACUUGCACAAAACUGUGGAACAGAAGCAUAUGGUAAACUGGAUAGUUAGCAACGUCAUCAAGGGUAUCACUCCACAACAGGAGAAGGAUAGCAUGUUGAAAUGCAUCGCUGACCUGAAGGCCCUUGCACAAAAACAGAAAGCUGCCCCCGCCGUUUAA